AUGGCUACACCAUUACCUACUGUCCAUGUUGCACAUACAGCACGAAUGAGACGUCGACGAUCUCAAUCUGUAACAAUAUCAAAUACAGGUCCACAAGACAACAAUAUUCGAGUGCAAAGUCUUGGACGGAAAGAAUUUGUGGCACAAUUACAAAAAGAACGACUGAAACAACAGAUGAAACACGAUGAACAAGAUGAAGGUCAAGACGAACAACAACAUAAUGAAGAAGAUCGUCAUCAACCAACAGUUAGUCGAUUAGCAAAGUCUAGUAGAACCAUGUCAAUGAGGAAAAUGGCAACAUCAGCAGGCGUAACGGUAACUACUGUGAAGAAAGAACUACCAUCGACAGCAUCGAAAACUACUCAUGCACAAGAAGAUGAACAAAAUCAUACGCAUCAAGUGCAAGUUACUCAUGUACCACGAUUAGGAUCCACAAGGUCAAUUAAAAGACCUAAUCCAAUUACAUUAGAAAGUAAUGGUUCAUACCUUGAGUCAUCACAAACAUUGUCGAAUCCUAUGACAGCAUCAUCCAUUCCUUUAAUAACAUCAUCUAGCAAUUACAUGACAAAAUCUGAAAUAUUCGAUCAAGAAUUUUCUCUCAAUGACGGAAAAGAUCGUACAAGAAGAAAUGAUCUUAAAAGUCAAAGUAGUAUCAGAUUAGAUGAACAAGAAAGAAAUCCCAAUGUUUCUUGUACACGACCAUAUGCAAGUUCUAGUGCACAUUUUUUGACUUCCGUUGUUGCAAUAAUGAUUGGCUGUAUUGCAUUUGCAUUUAGUCUUACUGCAUUGGUACUUGUUCUACUUCUUCGGUCGACAGUCGAUUCUAAAUUAGGAUUCUUUUCUAUUAUAGCAACAAACUCAACAACAUCAAGUUCGUCAUCAGGAACUUUGCCAUCUGCAUGUUCCAAUUAUACCACUCUCGAUGAUCCAACUCGAAAUGUAGCUGCAGCAGGCUAUGCACUUGGUUGCGAUACAACGUCACCAUUCAUUAAUCGAACAAUGCCAGUUUGGAUAAGAUUUAUAGGUACAGGUGGUAGUACAUUACCUUUAGCAACACCUGGUAUGAAUCUAUGCGGUUCUGAAGGUACUGGUUGGUAUGAUGGUACAAUGCCAUCAUCAACAGGCGAAAUUAUAAAUGGAACUGCAUGUUUUACUUGGUAUUAUAGUGUAUGCCGAUUUUCUUCUAGUAUUAGUGUAGCGAAUUGUGGUUCUUUCUAUAUCUAUAAUUUACCUCCACCGCCAGCCUGUAUGUUACGUUAUUGCACUAUUUAA